AUGUCUGAGCCGGCAGAGCUACUGCUGAUCAAGGACCAGUACGAGCUGGCUUACAGCUGUCUGAGCCGUGGCCUUUCGCUGGAGGAGAGCGGCGGCAGUCCCUCCGAGGCUGGCGAGUACUACAGGAAGGGCCGCCAGCACCUUGUGCAGGGCAUUGCUGUGCCUACCGAGGGGCCGCGUCACCAGGGGGCGGUGUGGGAGCAAGCCCGAGAGCUGCAGCGGAGAAUGCAGGGCGCCCUAGUUAACGUCAGCACCCACCUCUCUGCUCUGGAUGCCUCGCAAGCGCCCCCUCCCGCUCAGAGGAGGAGGCUGCUCAUGGAUCUGACCCCCAGCCUUGACCCCGUGCAACACCUGUACCCUUCCCUAAUUCCCGACCGGCAACUGCCUCCGCUCCCGGCGAGGAGAACGCCACCCGCCAUGUCAGAGGCCCCGGCCCAGCCCCCCGUUUAUUCGCCCCAGCCAGCCGACGGCCACCGCAGCCUGGCCGGUGGACCCGGGCUGGACGAGUGGAGCGUGGCCACGGCGGAACGAGGGAGUGAGCUGCUCUUGAUCCCGUCGGGCGUGCAGAUGUUCUUCGUGGCCCCCAGCGGGCAGGUGAGCGCCCUGUCACAGCCCGGGUACCUACGCAUUGUCAACUUCAAUAGCCAGACGCCUGAUGGAAAAGGGCCCGUUUUCUUGGAUGUGUGCGGCUGGCUCCACCCACUCACUGAGAACACACCGGUGCUGCUUGCCAACUCCGGUAUUUACAUGCUGCCAGAUACACUUGCACCAAUGCCGAACGCUUUUAUCGGCGUGGUGCUGUCAUCACAGUUGCCCGUCGCUAACCGUGAGAUGUUCCAGGACCUCAUGAGGCAACUGGCUGACUUCAGAGUGCAGAGUCCAGACAGCACAGGUUCUGAAGUCAUCAGCCUGAGUGAGACGGUCCACCUUGGUCCUCAAGUGGAGUUACCUGUGAAUGGAGAUAAAGUGGUUCUUCCGACUUGGAGUGAAAAGAUGGGUCAGGGAAUCAUGACAGGGGCAACACGGUUGGGUCAUGAAGUGGCCAGAGGGGCGGAGGCCACCACUAGAGCCAUUCAGAAGGGGGCGAUGAAGAUCCGGGACCGCCUGACGCCCGAGGACACGCCCUCUGAGGUUAGCCCGCAGGUCACCAAGGGCCUGCAGGUGGCCAAGGAUGCCACAGGGAGCGCCUUGCGUGUCAGCCAGUAUUUGGUGGAAGCCGUUAGCACAAUGGCGGAGCAUCUAGCGGAGAAGGUGGUCCCUCAUGUGAAAAAACACGGCGCCAAGUUGAUCCCAGAGUCUAUGAAGAGCAAAGAAGGGGAACCUUCCAAUCUGCAAGGAGCCAAAUUUGUGGCCGCCAAAAGCCUGCUGGGUUUCACCACUGUGUGGGCAAGCCUGGAAACGGGAGCCAAACUUGUCGGCAAGAGCGUGACGUCUGAAACGGUCAACACGGUGACCUAUAAGUAUGGUAAUGAUGCAGGCCAGGCCACCGACACUGCGCUCACCUCCGUGACCAACGUAGGUGAGACGGCGUAUAAUGUGGACAAUCUGGGCCUGAAGGCCAUCCUCAAGACCACUGGCAAGGAGAUGGCCAAAGGCAUUGUGAAGAGCUCUAAGAGUGCAGGGGCGGCGGCGGAUGAAGGCAAAGAAGGGACUCCGCAGGGAGAGCAGGCAGCCACCAAUGACAUUCAGAAUACAGAAGUGCAGAGAGACAAGGUGGACAAGGGAAAAAAGGAGACAUGA